AUGUUCUUUUUCCCAUCUAUGAAGGCGUUUUCCCUCAUAUUCCUCUCCACCCAAUAUGCGCUGCACAUUCUUGUGAUCAGAUAUUCUAAAGUGAGAGUGAAUAGUCACUUUUCGACAUCUAGUGUGAUUGUAUUAAGCGAGCUCCUGAAAACCUUAAUUGCUCUCUCCUUAGCCGUCCGACAGUAUGGAGCACAUAAUGUUCUUCGUACUCUGAAGAAUGACCCUCUUGAUACAUUAAAAAUAGGAAUUCCUUCUUUUCUCUAUGUAGUUCAAAAUUAUCUUUUGUAUUCUGCAAUCACCGAGCUCGAUGCACCUACCUACCAGGUUACUUAUCAAUUAAAACUUAUUACUACUGCUUUAUUCUCGAUGUUAUUGCUGGGGAGAAACCAGAGCCCUUCCAGGUGGAUGAGCCUUUUUAUCUUGUUCGUCGGAAUCUCUUUUGUCCAAGCAUCGAAUUUGUCGGCCACUGUACCUGGCCGAAAUAGUCUGAUAGGCUUUAUAUAUGUGUUUAUUGCUUCAUUGACCUCUGGAUUUUCAGCAGUAUAUUUUGAAAAGGUGCUCAAAUCUUCUUCCAAGUCUCUUUGGGUGCGCAGCGCGGAACUGUCCUUCUUCGGUUCUAUCAUUGCUUUAAUCAGCCAAAUUUAUAGUGAACCGGCCUUGCUUCUUUCUAGUGGUUUUUUCCACGAUUUUGAUUGGCUAGUCUGGUGUCUAGUGAUUUUACAGACAGCUGGCGGUAUAUUGGUAGCUGUCGUAGUAAAAUACGCCGACAAUGUUCUUAAGGUAAGUUAG